AUGGCAGCGCCCAAGGACCUCAAGCCCGUGAUCCGGCAGUCGGACCCCAUCGACAUGUCCAAGGGCUACGACCCGUCCACCCUCAGCGGCAAGGUCGUGCUCAUCACGGGCGGCGCCAACGGCCUGGGCGCCAGCAUGGUCCGCGCCUGGGCCGCGCACGGCGCGCACGUCUUCAUCGGGGACGUUGACGACGCCGCGGGCGAGGCCCUCGUUGCGAAGCUGCGCGCCGCGCACCCGGCGCAGACGUUUCACUACCAGCACUGCGACGUGACCGACUGGGACGAGCAGGUCGCGCUGUUCGAGGCGGCCGCCCGGCUGAGCCCUGUUCGUCGCGGGCCCGGAGCGAGAUCAGGCGGAGAGUCAGGAGGCGCUCGAGGAGCAGGAGAAACGAGAGGAGGCGAGAUCGACGUGGUGGUCCCCAACGCGGGCAUCAUCAACGCCGGCGAGAGCUACAGGUUCGAGAACCCGCGCCCGGACGCCGCCACGGGAAGGAUCCCCAAGCCGGACACGCGGACCCUCGAGGUCAACAUUGUGGGCGUCACGUACACGACCCACCUGGCGCUGCAUUACCUCUCGCUCGGCGGCAGCGACGGCGACAGGAGAAGCAGCAGCAGCAGUGGUGGUGGUGGUGGUCGGGACAAGUGCCUCCUGCUCAUCGGAUCCGUCGCCUCCAUCAGCCCCUUCGCCGGCCAGACGCACUACACCAUGUCCAAGCACGCCGUCGCGGGCCUCUUCCGCACCCUACGCGCGACGGCCUUCCUCCGCGGCCCAGACGGCGGGCCCGACGGCAGAACGCUGCGCGUCAACAUGCUCGCGCCGUACUACGUCGCCGGCAGCCGCAUGCUCCCCGCCGUGGCCGAGGCGGCGCUCCUCAGCGGCGGGGCCGGCGCCGCCUCCAUCCCGGACGUCGUCGACGCCGCCACCCGGCUCGUCGCCGACGAAUCCAUCGCCGGCCGCGCCCUGCUCGUGGGGCCGCCCCUGCGCGACGGCCUGCCCGGCGAGGUGCCCGUCAGGGAGGGCGAAGGCGGCGGCGGCGCGGACGGCAAGGGCAGGGCAGCAUGGGAGUGCUAUGCGGGCGACUAUGACGAGGUAGAGACGUUCACGUAUCGCUACGUGCGGGCGCUGGCUGCGGCGGCGAGGGUGCGCAGCUCGCUGGCGUGGAUAGCCGACGUGUGGAACAUGCUCUUCAGGCGAUAG